AUGCAGGCGAGUGUGGGAAGAGGCGCAAACGCGCACACUAUCGCGCUUAAACUUGCGUAUGACAAUGAAAUUGUCAUCCUUUUGGUUCAAGAGCCUUGGACUUUAAGAGACCUUUCUACAAGACGGUUGAUAUCGAACCCAAAUUUCUUGUGCUUCUCGCCCCUCUCUGAAUGA